CCAUGUUCUUAUUACGAUUGGAACGUUUAUUGCUAAUAAUACUAUCGUGUGUUUUGCUUGCUGCCGUGAUCAACGACCAUAACAAUGGACAACCACGGAGAUCCUGACUAUGAGUGACGAGGUGGUAUUAACGGACCUGGCGGUGGACCGUAAUUACGAGAUCAGCGUGGUGGCGGUGAACUCGCAGGGCCAGGGCCCGGCGGGAGUGCCAGUCGUCGUGUGGGUGGGUGAAGCCGUGCCCACCGCGCCGCCGCGUGACGUCACGCCGCAACCCAUAUCCCCGACCGAGGUUACGCUCACCUGGAAACCACCGCUCCUGGCGCAGCAGAAUGGCGACCUGCUUGGAUACAAGAUAUUCUACUUGAUGACCGAGUCUCCAGAAGAGCAGGAACCAGGCCGUCGAAUAGAGGAGGAGAUAGAAGUGGUGCCAGCAUCUGCCACAUCCCACUCGCUGGUGUUCCUCGACAAGUUCACGCAGUACCGGAUUCAGGUGCUGGCGUUCAACCCGGCUGGCGACGGGCCCCGCUCCAAGGCGGUUCUAGUCCGAACGCACCAGGGGCUGCCUUCGGCCCCGCGCAAUAUCUCGUUCAGCGAGAUCACCAUGAACAGUCUGAUCGUGGCGUGGGAGCCGCCGCGACGCCGCAACGGUCUCAUCCACUCCUACCUGGUCACCUACGAGACCAUUGAGCAGGACGAACGAUUCAGUAAGCAGGUGAAACAAAAAGUGAGCGAACGUCGCUUGGCGGUGGGCGGGUUGGAGGAGGAGGUGGAGUACAAGUUCAGUGUGAGGGCCGUCACCAUAGGGGCGGGGGGAGCGGGGGAGGGACGAGUGAGGACCGGCCCGCAGGUGGGGUCUCCGGAGCCACCUCGAGGGUUAGCGCUGCGAGCAGACCCCGCGGCGCUUCACCUCAAGUGGACCAACGCCCCCUCGGGCCGAGGUCCCCUGCUCGGGUACUACAUCGAGGCAAGGAAAAAAGACGACACGAGAUGGGAGACCAUAACGCGCACCAGCAACGGCAUGCUGGAAGAGUUCACGAUCUCGUACCAGAGCCUGCUGCCCUCGACGGCGUACUCGUUCCGCGUGAUCGCGUACAACACGUACGGAAUCAGCAUGCCCUCGUACAGCGACAAGGUGAUCGUGACGCCGUCCAAGUUGUACCUGGAGUACGGCUACCUGCAGCACCGGCCCUUCUACCGCCGCACGUGGUUCAUGGUGGCGCUGGCGGCCGCCUCCAUCAUCAUCAUCAUCAUGGUGAUAGCGAUACUCUGCGUCAAGAGCAAGAGCUACAAGUACAAAAAGGAAGCGCAGAGGACGUUAGAGGAGUCACUCGGCGAGACUGAAGAGCGCGGCUCCCUGGCGCUCGACCUGUACCGGUCGCGCGCGGGGUCGACGACCGCGAGUAACUCCACCACGCUGCGACGGAAGCCGCCUGCCGCACUCUCCAAGUGUCCCCCGCGACCCUCUCCCGCCUCCGUCGCCUACCACAGCGACGAGGAGAGUCUCCGCGGCUACGACGAGAACCCUGACGACUCCUCCCUUACCGAGAAACCCUCCGAGAUCAGCUCAUCCGACUCGCAGAACUCCGAGAGCGAGAACGAGAGCGUGCGCUCGGAGCCGCACUCGUUCGUGAACCAUUACGCCAACGUGAACGACACGCUGCGGCAGUCGUGGAAGCGGCAGCGGCCCGUCAAGAACUACUCCAGCUACACGGACUCGGAGCCCGAGGGCAGCGCCGUGGUGAGUCUCAACGGCGGCCACAUCGUGAUGAACAACAUGGCGCGCUCGCGGGCGCCUCUGCCGGGCUUCUCGUCCUUCGUGUGACCCGAGCCCGCGGCCGCCACCGGCCACGCCCCCG